GUUUCCGUCGGCUGUCUCACAUGCAGCCAUUGUCAAACUUGGCAACAUGGAAGAGUCUGGAGAGGAAUCAAGAAAGAAAUUUACUGUAGGCGAAGAGGAAGAUGGCCAAACCGAGUUACAAACAAGUCAUCCCGUCAAAAAGGCGCAUGCACGACACCAUGUCAAACGAAAAUCAGGUGGCCGGGUGCAUGUUUCCAAGCUAAUGCAAAUGACACGAGCUUCGUCCCAUACACAGGAAGACGGUGAAUCUGGAACCAUUGAACCUGAAAACGAUGGAAAGAGAAGCAUUAUAGUUCGCCGAACAAGCUCGCAAAGGUCUUUACCCCGGUUAGCUGCUAUGGAGAAGCUAUCGGUUACAAACGCGAAUGAAGCGCCGCAAGAUACCUAUGAAGCACAAACACAGGUGGACACUAAGCACAAUAACCCGCCACAAUUAAUCAGACAUGAACCAAGUGCCGCAAGUGCAAAAGUCACAGCUUUCACAGCUCACGCCGACAAUAUGAUCGCAACCACGAAGGUUCCAGCGAAUACCACAAUAAGCAACCCCUAUUCUCAGCGUCAGCCAAUGAAAUCACAAUUCAUUCAACCUAGUCCUGACGUUUCGCCGCCAAGCAACGACGUGAUGAUCGAAAAGCAAGCUGCUAGCUCACAUCCGGAUAUAUCCAAGUUAACAAGUACCCAUGAAAGUGUGGCUUUUAGCAGUGAGCCAGCAACGCCAACUUUAACCCAUCAACAAAGUGACCAUCGUGCCAUCCCACCAGACAUGGGCAAAUCUUCUAUACAAAUGGCAGCCUCAACCGCACCGACGGCAAUGACCCGCACACAGCAAAAACUUUUAUUACAGCGCCAACACUUUUUAGCGGACGAUGAAAAUAAUUUGGCGCAUCCUCGCAAUCAACUUCGCCUAACUAAAGAAAUGGAGCAUGUAAACCGUGAAUACAUGUAUGUAAGACGAUAUCAAGAUCCAAUGUCGGAAAGCUUAAUAAGAUGUAUGGAAAAGAAGCAGCGAAAUGCAUCUGCCUUUAGCAUGCCGCAUUCACCGGAAAGACGCCCACAUAGCAACCUUCAACGAUCAUUAACAUCGCGUAGCAUGCAAGAUACACAAGCUACACUUGAUCACACUAAACGAUGGAGCAGCACAGCUAGUAAUUUACUGGAUAGAGUACUAGGAUCAAAUUGAAUUUUGUAACGUCCACGUUGAAGUGGAGUUUAGAACUUUGGGGUGAAAAUUUGCUACUGAGAAGAGAGGAUUAUUUAUUGCAGAGAGAAACGCCUGCAGCUUCGUUGCAGAUGACUAUGUACAUUUUUUGCAAAAAAUGAUAAUAAACAGGCACUUUUUAAAGUGCUUGACAGCUGUUCUUACAAGGGCAGAAAGGUAAUAAAAGGG